GAUGGGGACUGCAAUCCAUUGCGUUCAUUGCGCGCCUCUUGAGGCCACACCUCUGUGUAAGUAUGUAGUUACCGCAUUGUGUGCCUGGUGUCGCUCCUUCCACCAAGCAAAGGCGCGAUUCACCACUAUCGAUCCAAGAGGGUUACCCGUUUCGUACGAAACCGACAUCAAAGUUGGAGAACCUCACGAAGCAUAUGUAUACGUUGAUCCAGAAAUCGGGAAUGCUAUUAAAUCUUCAGCCAUGCAACAGAAUAGAAUAGGCGUAACACAAGAUCUGGAGAAACUGCCACUGGAUUUUAACCACAAAUCACGUCACUUUACUUACAGUACAUACGUCCCUCGUCUAGCAUAGGAUUAUAUAGCUCUUUCUUAACGCAUUACAGAGACUGUGCCGUUCCCUCGAGUCGAUCUUCCUCAAGACCUUCCCCGCCAGACUCAUAGCGACAUGAGUCCGGCCACGCUCUGGAUUUCAGGUAAUUGGCAUGCUAUAACACUUGAUGGAACUCCUGAUGGUAGGUCUUUGCCGUGUAUCAUUAUUCUUGUAUAAAGUUCUAAUUCUUUCUAGAGAGCUUUGAACGAGCUUCGAG